UGAAAGGCUUUGCUUCCGGAGAGCGGGAAGGCUGAAACGCGGUGGUAAAGCUGGAGCCAGACUAGCGAGCUUCUAGGUGGCGAAGGUCCUGGCCAUGGACAGGAGCGGCUUUGGAGAGAUGUCAUCCCCUGUGAUCCGGGAGGCAGAGGUGACACGGACGGCACGAAAGCAGAGUGCUCAUAAAAGAGUUUUAAUUCGAGCUUCCCAAGAUGAAAAUUUUGGUAAUAUUACACCAAGAAGCCAGAUCAUUCCUCGAACUCCCAGCUCAUUUCGACAGCUUUCUACUCCACUGAACCGAAGCUUACAACGGCAUCCAGACAUUUCCUGCAUUCUUGGAACAGGAGGAAGGUCUCCCCGCCUUACACAGUCUUCUGGGUUUUUGGGCAAUCUGUCCAUGGUAACUAAUCUGGAUGACAGCAAUUGGGCAGCUGCAUUCUCAUCACAGCGGCUAGGGCUCUUCACAAACAUGGAAGCCCACAACAUAACGGAGGACGUAAAUCUCAGUGCUGUUAUGUUACGUGAAGAUGACCCUGGAGAAGCUGCAUCCAUGAGCAUGUUUUCUGACUUCCUGCAGUCCUUUUUGAAGCACUCUUCAACUACAGUUUUUGACCUUGUAGAAGAGUAUGAAAAUAUUUGUUGUAGUCAGGUGAAUAUAUUGAGUAAAAUAGUAAGCCGAGCAGCUCCUGGACUGCAGAAGUUUUCAAUAACAGCCAGUAUGCUCUGGCUUCUUCAACAGGAGAUGGUCACAUGGAGGCUGCUAGCUUCUUUGUAUAGAGAUAGAAUACAGUCUUCCUUAGAAGAUGAAAAUAUGUUUGCAGUUACUGCUGUUAACGCCAGUGAGAAAACAGUUGUGGAAGCAUUGUUUCAGAGAGAUUCCCUUGUGCGACAAAGUCAGCUGGUGGUGGAUUGGUUGGAGAGUAUUGCCAAAGAUGAAAUUGGAGAUUUUUCUGAUAAUAUUGAAUUUUAUGCAAAAUCAGUAUAUUGGGAAAAUACUCUCCAUACCUUAAAACAACGACAGCUGCCUUCUUAUAUAGGAAGUGUUCGUCCUCUUGUCACUGAAUUAGAUCCUGAUGCUCCCAUUAGACAGAAAAUGCCACUUGAUGAUCUGGACAGAGAAGAUGAAGUUAGAUUACUCAAAUAUCUUUUUACUCUUAUCCGUGCUGGAAUGACAGAAGAGGCUCAACGGCUUUGUAAGCGUUGUGGUCAAGCAUGGAGAGCUGCAACACUAGAAGGCUGGAAACUCUAUCAUGACCCUAAUGUUAAUGGAGGAACAGAAUUAGAAACUGUUGAAGGAAAUCCAUAUAGACGCAUUUGGAAAAUUAGUUGUUGGAGAAUGGCAGAAGAGGAGCUUUUUAAUAGAUAUGAAAGAGCAAUUUAUGCAGCUUUAAGUGGGAAUCUGAAGCAGCUUCUUCCUGUCUGUGACACCUGGGAAGACACAGUCUGGGCAUACUUCCGGGUGAUGGUGGACAGUCUGGUGGAACAGGAGAUCCGGACGUCAGUAAUGACUCUGGAGGAAACUGAAGAACUUCCUAGGGAAUAUUUAGAAGCAAAUUGGACCUUAGAAAAAGUUUUUGAAGAACUUCAAGCUACAGAUAAAACGAGAGUCCUAGAAGAAAAUCAAGAACAUUAUCAUAUAGUUCAGAAAUACCUUAUCCUGGGAGAUAUUGAUGGUAAGAUAUUAUACCUUAUCCUGGGAGAUAUUGAUGGUUUGAUGGAUGAGUUUAGCAAAUGGCUUUCCAAAACCAGAAGCAAUCUACCUGGACACCUCCUUCGCUUCAUGACUCACCUCAUUUUAUUUUUCCGCACACUGGGACUGCAGACCAAAGAAGAAGUUUCCAUUGAAGUUUUAAAGACAUAUAUACAGCUUUUAGUAAAUGAAAAGCACACAAAUCUAAUAGCAUUUUAUACCUGCCAUUUGCCUCAAGACCUUGCUGUUGCCCAGUAUGCAUUAUUCUUGGAAGGUGUUACAGAGUAUGAACAGCGCCACCAUUGCCUGGAGCUGGCUAAGGAAGCAGAUUUGGAUGUUGCAACAAUAACGAAAACAGUAGUUGAGAAUAUUCGAAAGAAAGACAAUGGUGAAUUUAGUCAUCAUGACCUGGCCCCAGCCCUAGAUACUGGCACUACUGAGGAGGAUCGGUUGAAGAUUGAUGUAAUUGACUGGUUGGUAUUUGACCCUGCACAGAGGGCUGAAGCACUGAAACAAGGCAAUGCCAUAAUGAGAAAAUUCUUAGCAUCAAAAAAGCAUGAAGCUGCCAAAGAAGUAUUUGUGAAAAUUCCUCAGGAUUCCAUAGCAGAAAUCUAUAAUCAGUGGGAGGAACAAGGAAUGGAAAGUCCACUUCCUGCUGAAGAUGAUAAUGCUAUCAGAGAACAUUUGUGCAUUAGAGCUUAUUUGGAAGCCCAUGAAACCUUUAAUGAGUGGUUUAAGCAUAUGAACUCAGCUCCACAAAAACCUACUGUGAUUUCUCAACCAAGUUUUACUGAGAAAGUGGCUUUUGAACACAAAGAAAAGAAAUAUGAAAUGGAUUAUGGUAUUUGGAAAGGGCACUUGGAUGCCCUGACUGCUGAUGUGAAAGAGAAAAUGUACAACGUCUUGCUGUUUGUUGAUGGAGGGUGGAUGGUAGAUGUCAGAGAGGAUGCUGAAGAAGACCAUGAGAGAACGCAUCAGAUGGUUUUACUAAGGAAACUUUGUCUACCAAUGAUGUGUUUUCUGCUGCACACCAUAUUGCACAGCACUGGUCAGUAUCAGGAGUGCCUGCAGUUAGCAGAUAUGGUGUCCUCUGAGCGUCACAAACUCUAUCUGGUAUUUUCUAAGGAAGAACUAAAGAAAUUGCUUCAGAAGUUAAGGGAAUCCUCUCUCAUGCUUCUUGACCAGGGACUUGAUCCAUUAGGAUAUGAAAUUCAAUCAUAAUUCAUCAGUUUGAAUUCUCAUUUCCAUGAAAUAUGGAGGUUUUUUUUUUUAAAUAAAACAUACAUAUUUGUAAUUGCUAGCUUUUUUUUGUAUCAUAGAAAAACGUAAAAUUUUAGGCAUUUGAAUUUUGUACUUUUCAGAUAAUUAUGCUUAUACUUUGAAAUUUUAAUGUAUUAUAUCAGUAUUUCCCUUGGUGUGUUUUUUUAAUGAAAUUAUUCAAAAAUUAAAAAUUUUCAUUCUUACAAA